CUCCUGGCUCCAUGUCAUCUAGCAGUCGGCAUGUACAGAGCAGGAAUUCAUAUUUCACAACCCAGGUCUGGUUGACUCAGUCAUAAUCAGGUCUUGCUUCAUGAUGCCCGGCUGAUACUCUUGUGAGAGAGUUUCCCAAGGAGUGUUUUGUGAAGAUGUAGUUGGUUUGCUAACUCUGAUAGCUGUUCAGGAUUACAAGUCAGCCAUGGUUGAUUGCAUGUGAUUAGUGAUCUGGAUACGAAUCGACUUUCAUUUGUAUUGUGUUUGGGCAGCCACAAGCAUGUAAGGGUUCUUUGAUGUUGUGGAUUGUUCCGGGAUAAGGUUUGAACAUAUCGGUCGUGUAUCCGAAGGCUAUCUUGGUACAAUGACUUUAGUACAGGUUUAUUUGCUGGUGUACUCAUUUUGAACAUUUGGAAGUGCUUUAAUUACGUUUAUGUCAUAUCAACGUAGUAAAUAUGAAAAUGUGGCAAUUAAACAUGGUUGGGUAUUAAGUUCCUGACAUGCUUGAGAUGUAAUGAAUUGAUAUCACAGAUAUUGAUGUCAUAGCGAUGUCAAUAUUUAUAAGCAAACACUGGAUACUGGAAAAAGGAAUUUAAUUCAUGUUGAUGAUUAUUUGAAGUUCAGGUUGAGUUCGUUUCAUGAAGGAUGUCAAUGAAUCAUGGAUAAUAUGCUGAAAUUUAUCCUUCCAACAUAGUGAUGAAAAUAUUUACAGUGACGAUGAGGAGCAGACAGACUCAACUGUGUGUUUGUUGUUUUCAUCGCUGGAGAUAGGGUGGUGUUUACAGUGUAAUUCAGUAACCUUUUACUAUGGAGUGUAUCAGCCAUCUGCUUGGAUUUCAUAAAUCAUGUACUGUUAUGACAAAACGCAAGUGCAGAAGGUGUCGUCAAUUGAGCAGGGACGUGCGAGCUAAGGUGAAUGUGAAAGACUUCAUCAUAGAGAACUUGAAGAAUGAGACUGUCAGUCGGUUGCCAGGAACUGUCAAUGGGCAACAGCUUGUUAUACAGAACUGUGAGGACUGUAACAUCUAUGUGUUUGACCACUCUGCAACUAUAACCAUAGAUGACUGCACAAACUGCCGGAUGUUCCUUGGACCAAUCAAAACAAGUGUGUUUUUCCGUGACUGCAAAGACGUCAAAGCCAUCGUUGCUUGCCAGCAGUUCCGGACUCGAGACUGCAGCCGAUUAGACAUGUUUCUGUGUUGUGGCUCUCAGCCGAUCAUCGAGUCCACCAACAAUGUCAAGUUCGGCUGUUUCCAGUGCUCCUACCCACAGCUGGACAGUCAGAUGAAGGCGGCAGAGAGGACAGUGUUCAACAAUAACUGGGGCAACAUCCAUGACUUUACUCCCGCCCCAGGGGAAACAAACUUCUCCCUCCUUGCAGAGGAUGUGAAUAUUGAGGACUAUGUUCCACUGCCAACGGGGGACGAGUUUGCCUCUUUACAGAUCACAUAUGAUGCUAGGAAGAGUUGUGUCCCUUACACACUUGGCACACGGCGGAAAAAAUCAGAUGAGUCUUGUCUCAUUAUAUUCUUCAAUGAUGGAGGCUCACACGACCGGGCAAUCUCAUUUAUAGAAACGAUGAGGAAUAAUCAUCCGGACUGUUCCCUGAUGCAGACGAAGGAGGUCUCUAUGCAGGCUACAGACGCACAACGAGUGUUUGGCACUGAUUCCUACUCAUUAGCGGUACAACAAGGUCCUGUGAUUGGGCUGGAGUAUAAUGGAACCGGUGCAAUAAAACACUGCCAAGACACAGUUGUGGAUCUUACAAAGGGGACGACUGGACUGGUGUUCGUGAGCCAGAACCUUUCCGCGGCGCUGCAGCAGAUUGACAACUUCUACAACUUCGCUGACAUGCAGAUGGGCAUGUGAUCCCUUGAUCCCUGAACACCCAUCUUCAGAUUAUCAACCAAUACACUGAGUGCCUGACACAUGUCAAUGUUAAGCUGCCUUCACACGGCAAACUAAAGUUUGACAACAGAUGUUCUCAAACUCAAGUUUGAGAGUGUGAAUAUUCCAACAACUCGCCACCAACACCAAUUUCAGAGUUGUCAAACUGUUGUUGAGAAAUAGGAUCGGUCUCUAUUCUCCCCAACUUUUCUAUCAAACUUUCGGUGUUGUCAAACUUGAGUUGUUCUGAAACAACCAAUCGCAGUCAACGAAAUUGUCACGUGACCGCACCGAUAGAGACGUGGCGCUCAAAUGACAUGAAAGUUUGACAACAUGUGUUUGACGUGUGAUAACGUGAGUUUGAGAACUUUUAAAUUUCAACAACAUGUGUUGUCAAACAUUAGUUUGCCAUGUGAAGGCAACUUUAGUGUCCUACGGAACAGUCAGUCAGUCUGCACAGCAUGAAAGGAAGGGAUCUUUACUGUCAGUCGUCCAAUCAUGUGGCAAGACCAGUUUAAUUACUUGUUUUAGAGAUCCGCUUGUCACUUAGGGGCAAUGGGGUAGCCUAGUAAGUGCGUUUGAUCGUCACACGGAGGAUCUGGGUUCGAACAAUCACAUGGAUACAAUGUGUGAAGCUCAUUUCUGAU